AUGGAAGGCCAAACAUGCAAGCAGAAGUGUGGCGUGGUGUUGGAGAAAUGCUCCUGCCACACAACCUGUGCAUAUCUGCUGGACUGCUGUGGGGACUAUAAACAGUUCUGUCUUCGAGUGUCCCCCUACUCCGGCUCGAUGCUCGGCGGAAGCACAUUCACCAUCCUCAAUCUCGUCUUUGCUCCUGGUGAGCGCGUCAUCUGCAGAUUCAAAGGUAGUAAAGAAAUCGAGGGCUUCGUUGAUCCUGAAGGACGUGCCCACUGUGUCUUGCCCUUACUGCACGAGACAGGGUUUAUACCGUUUGAGGUCUCUACCGAUGGAGUAAAGUUUGAUAGAUCUGGAGAGUACUUGUCAGUCCAUCCUAGUGAACUGGACCCUGCUUUAAAAGUCACUCUGGUGAACAAGACACAGUGGCAGCAUUACAGCACACCACACAGGGCGGGGCCACACAGGGUGUGGUCACACAGGGCAGGGCCACUGACGAUGACAUGGAACAGCUCCCUGAUCAGAUCAGACAGGGUGGACAUAGAACUGUGGGGUUACAGAGAGGUCAGCGGGAGGACGGCGUCAGAGGGGAACAACUCAGCCUCUUUACAGGCAGAGUGGAGCUAUCUCUACUCACUUGGUAGGGAUCUGCCCAACACCGGUGCCUUCAGCUUUAUCCCCAAACCAUCAGUGAAGCCCCACUCUAACUGGGAAGCAGGGAGUAUCCGCGUCAAAGCCAGUUCCAGCUCAGAAGGAGCUAGAGAUGUCCAAGGUCUCUGGAGUGAAGCCCACGCCUUAGCAUGGCACCUGGAGCAGGCCUUCAGGAACACCUUCACUGACUGGGCCGAGAACAAAUGCCUGGCCUGGGAUGACCUGGAAAAGACGCUGCCAAAGCUCCUGGAUGAGAUUGCUGACUGUCCUUGCACUUUGGCCCAGGCCCGUGCCGACACAGGCAGGUUUCAUACUGAUUCUGGCUGUGACACCCAGGGGGGCAGCAUGUGCACCUUCCACCCUGGCACCAUCCGCUGUGUGAGGUCAAUCCAAACCAGUCCUCGGCGGGGGUCGGGGCAGCAGUGCUGCUAUGACGGCACGGGGGCCCAGGUGCUGACACGGGAUUUGACUAGCGGCAGCACUCCAGAGCUCAAAACUGGGGUUCCCCUUCGUAUGGACAUCCCCCCGCGCAUCCCGGGACUUUCCCACCGGCUCACUGAUGUUAUGAGCUUCUACUACUGCUGUCUGUGGUCUGAUAACUGCCACGUCUACUUCAGGCACCGAUCCUCCAGCGGCUGUAAGACCUACCGGCCCCCCAGAGCCGGCGCUGUCCUCGGGGACCCACAUUUCAUAACGUUCGACGACCUGCACUACACCUUCAGCGGGGAGGGGGAGUACUACCUGGUGUCCUCGCCUGACAAAGAGCUGAGUGUUCAGGUCAGAACACAGCGGGGGAAACCUGAGAACGAUACCUUGGCCCAGGCGACACGGCUGUCAUCGGUGGCUAUGAAGCAGAAGGCCUCCGACGUCAUUGAGGUGCGUCUGCCAGACGAUAGGGACCAAUUGCAGGUGUUGAGAAACCAAAAGGUCCUUUCCUUCUCUGAGCAAAGGUGGAUGGACUUACAUGGUGUGUCCGUGUUCUCCGCCAGCCCUCAGAAUGUGACGAUAAUGUUUGCCUCUGGUGUCGGGGUGGAGGUGCGUCGGCGGGAGAGCGCCAUGGCGGUGACCGUUUUGCUGCCAACAGAGUUAAUCAACAAUACUAAGGGUCUCCUGGGCCAGAUGAACUCUGACCCAACCGAUGACCUGAUGACCAGUCAAGGAGAGGUCAUCAAUGUAGCUACCACCACUGCGGAGGAGAUCUUCACUUUUGGAACUAGCUGGAACAUUUCAAAGGAGACAUCCCUUUUCACGUACGACUCAAAGUAUCUUUUUGAUACUUACUACUAUCCUCCAAAGCAUGACACCACCUUCAUUCCCGCCUUUUCUCUCCCCGAGACACCCGAUGACCCCCUGGUAGCAGACAUGUUAAAGAUGUGUUACGGGAAUGGGGCGCAGUUCUGCAAAUACGACACGCUGACCUCUCGCAGCUUGGCCCAGGGAAAUGCCACGCUCAGGGCCUACCAGAGUCACGAGGCCCUAAUGCAAGACUUGGAGCAAGUGGUGUCCUGUGGAUGGCUGCCCACUCCCAGGAAUGGGAAAAAGAACGGGACGAGCUACCUCGAGGGAACAGUGCUUGACUUCUCCUGUAAUGAAGGUUUCAAAUUAUACGGUUCCUCUCAGCGCACCUGCCUGGAGGACGGGACAUGGACCGGGGUGCAGCCGCACUGUCUGAAAGUGCACAGCCUCUCCAUCACCAAGACUCCUGCCAGGUAUCGCCAUGGUCACACAUAG